GAAUAGCUGUUUCUAACAUGGCUUUGCUAAACAAAUUCUUUUGUUGCUACUCGAUCAGCACUGGAGUGGUUGUGAUAGGAAGUUCCUAUGUAAUAAUCGAUUUACUUCGCCUGUUCUAUCACCUGACUAUCUUCUAUUUCCCAGGGCCUGUUUUUCGACAUUGGUAUUUUGAAAAACACAGCGGCGACGAUGUCCACGAUCUAAUCACUGUUACAAUGAUGAAGAAUCGUAUUCAGGUUAUCCUUGUCCUGCUGGUCGACCUUUUGACGGAUAUCGGACUGCUAUUGAGCGUGAAUUCUGGUAUAAUACCCAUAUUGAUUUGGAUAUUAAAAUCGAUCUUCUUGGCCCUCGUCUACUUGAUCGUUAUUCUGUCCCUGUGCUUUGCCUAUGCCCACAUUAUAUUGGCCUUGAUUUUCGUUCCCAUAUUUGCAAUGGAAAUAUAUUUCCUGUUUAUUGUGAGCCUGCAUUUAGUGGAACUAGGUCUAUCGAGUGACGUGAACGACGAGAGUCCCGAUGAAACAGCCGUCUAAGUUUUGGAUGGUUUUAUUAUGCUAUUAAAGAGAGUUCCU